AUUAUAGGAAGUGAUGAACGAAGGAGAACUCUGACUCCUUUAGCUCUGAGGGAAAAAUACAGUGCUCUAAAUGAACCAGCCAUGGAUGUGAGCUGCAGCAUCAGAUUGCUGAACUCUUGAGCCAAUGAUGGUCUGGUUUCUGCAGCAUCACUGAGCGCCAUGGAAAGGAUGGAGUUAAAGAUGGCUUUAAUAGCUGAACAGCUAGGCCUGAGCUGGGCUGAGUUGGGACGUGAACUGCAGUUUAAUGUAGAUGAAAUAAAUAAGAUCCGUGUGGAGAAUCCCAACUCCCUUUUAGAGCAGAGCUCAACGCUGCUCAACCUGUGGACUACUCGAGAGGGGAAGAGAGCCAACAUGGACAGCCUGUACGUGGCCCUCAAGAGCAUUGACCGAGUGGACAUUGUGAACAUGUUGGAGGGCCAGGGACCACCAACAGGUCAGCAGGGGGGCUGGGAACAAGAUGCUUCAAGGUCUAGGCAUCAUGAGAGAGAUCAUCUCUCUCCUGGCAUCACAAAUGGUUACGGACUGGUGGUACAGGAAGAACUAGUCUCACCGGCCUCCAUGCAGUACAGUCUUCCUUCGCCACUGGGCAAUGAGCCCUACUGGCAGGAAGUGUCAAGCAUGGAGUGUGCACCCAUUGCUACCACUGAAGAGGACACACUCAUGGAGAUGUCUGAGGUACAGGUUUGGCCCUCAGGCAAUAGUCCUUCCAUUGUGGCCGUGGAGGACUCCUCACUGGAGUGCAGCAAUGCUGAUGACUCAGAGGCGAUACUGAACAGGAGCCUUGGCCACUCGAGGAGCGGGACUCCAGGUGCAAACGGACCAGUGGGACUUGCUGCUCAGGGAGGGUUAAGUGGUUCCAUCGAGCUACUUGAGGAUCAAUCCAUUGGGGCGGAUUCAGAUUACAGUGCUGCUGGGAUGCUGUGUCUGAGCGAAGGGGUCAACAUCAAUGCUCUGGACAGAGGUCAGGGGUCGGAGAGGUUAGAAGGUGCUGUAGGUCAAGAAGUCAACAUCAUUAAAGAUGAUUCCAAUGGAGGUUUGGGAGAAGGAGGAGGUGAUGGCACAAACGUAGAAGAUAGCAUAUCUCUCAUUUCAGGGCAACAGCGAGUUUAUGCUCAAAUGAGUGAAUCACCAGUGCUAAGAAGACGGGCAGAUCCUGGUGAUGACAGGUUAAGUGGUGGGUCCUUCCUAUCUUAUCUACAGGAUCAGGGGGCUCCUGGUUGGCACUCAGCCCCAGAACAAACCCAGAACAGAGUGGGAUCUCUACAGUGCUCUCUUCCUAGACAGGCAAUGGAGUCUAUGAUGUCAUCAGUACGAGCCACAGUGGACUGUGAUUCUAAGCAGUCUUGCCUAGCCCAGGACGCCUUAAUUGAACCAGUGCGGGACAUAGGGCAUUCUGAGAUCAUCCACGGGCAUUAUCAGGGAACUCAACCUUUUGAGAAAGGACUAGGCUUCCCGCACAGAGCAGCUAACAUUCGGGGUUGGGAGGACAUGCAUCUAAGAGUACAGGGUGAUGAGGCAGAUGAUCUUCCAGGAGAGCAAGUGAGCGAGGAGCAAUUUACAGAUGAGCAUGGCAACAUCGUCACCAAAAAGAUUGUGAGGAAGGUGGUCCGGAGAGGAAAAGGGGAGGAAGGGGGUCAGGAGCUCAUCAUUGAAGGGCUGCCGCAGGAUAUCAGUGAGGCAGAUGCUGAUGGAGAACAGUUCAUGAGCUAUGCCGUCUUGGGCCGUGACAGCAAGCCGGAUGUUGUGAAUGUGAAGAGGGGAGGUGCUCAAAUAGUCAAAUGUGUGAGUCUGCGGAGAGUAAAGCAGUGAGUCUGACUCACUCCUCCCUGCAGGACUUGACAUCUACACCCAAACCAUCCUUCACUGACACAUGAUGGGCGUCAAAUAAAGAAGAAAACUGAAUUAGAGCACGGGUGAUCUACGAAAAGAGAUUUUCUGACUUUUUGUAACAAGCAAAACAAACACUAGUGGCUAGAGGCAUGAUUUCCUAUAAAAUGAAACCAAACAAUGAAAAAAAGCAAGCAUUUGAGAAGUGCUUCCUGUAAUCUCAAUAUCAGCAUGUGAAAGUGCUGUCGCAUGGCCUGCCUUUACAUACAGCACUGACUGCAAGCAAUUUUGAGGUAAGAAAAUGCUAUCGUACCGCAAGGGCUGUAAAAUGGUAUGGGGAAGGACUUUUGCCAACUGGAUGCAUACACUUAACAUCGUGGUAUGGGGGCACAUGGGACAUGAAAGCUAGUUUUAGUCUUCCAAGCGGGUCCAGAACAUACUACUACCAAAAAGGUUGCCCACAAGGAGGAGUUUGACCCUCUUGUACUGGUAUUAUACAUAAUAUGCACUCAGAUAUGAUGUGAAUGUACUCUCCGUGUGCGUGUGUUCUUUUCCACAGCCAAAAAAAAAAAAAAAAAAAAAGACAACAACCUAUGCGAUGAUUAUGCUGCUGU